AUGGGGUCGGAAUUCGUCGCGACCAUCGCGGCGCUGCUCCAGAAAUGCGCCGCCGCCGCCACGGAGGGCUCUUCCGCCGUGAAGGAAGCCCUCAGGAUGGCCCGCCGGAUCCAUGCCGUCGUUGUCGUCACCGCUCCCCGCCACCAGUCUCCGUUCCUGCUCAACAAUUUCAUCUCCACGUAUGGCAAGUGCGGCGCCGUGCUGGACGCCCGCAGGAUGUUCGACGUAAUGCCACAAAGGAGCCGCGUCUCCUACAAUGCCCUCAUCUCGGCCUUCUCCCGAGACCCUGCCCACGCCCCGAACGCCCUGCAGCUCCUCCCGGCCAUGGCCUCCGCUGGCCUGCGGCCGAACUCUUCCACUCUAUCGAGCCUCUUGCAGGCUUCAUCCUGCAUUGCUGAUCAGAGCCUCGGCGCCAUGCUCCACACGCAGGCCGUUAUCUGUGGAUUCUCGUCUGAUAUUCGCGUCCAGACUGCGCUGCUCGUCAUGUAUUCGACCUGUGGCUGCAGUGAAGGCCCCAACAGGAUCUUCGGAGAGAUGGGCGAACGAGACGCCGUCGCCUGGAACUCCAUCAUUCUCGCCCAAGUGAAGCAGGCCGACGCCCACGGGGGAUUGCGGCUCUUCGUCAGCAUGCUGAGGACGGGCGUGCCGCCGACGGGCUUCACCUUCUGUAUCGCCAUAAAAGCUUGCAGAAGGUCCGGGGAAGAGAGAGCUGGAGAAGCCAUCCACGGGCAGAUAUUGAAGGCCGGUUCCCCAGACGAUCUCCGGCUCCACAAUGCGGUGCUGGACAUGUACGCCAGCUGGGGGGAUCUGUCGUCCGCAAGCUCCAUUUUCAGGGAGAACCAGAGGCGGGACUUGGUCUCCUGGAACUCGAUGCUUGCCGGAUUCUCUGAUUCAGGCGACGCGGACAAGGCAUGGGAUCUGUUCAUGGAGUUGCGGGCUUCCCCGGAAGGGCUGGCCUCGGACGAGUACACCUUCGCCGCUGUCGUCUCCGCCACCGCAGCGCUGCCCGCAGUGAUCUGCGGGAAGCCGCUCCACGCGCUCGUAAUCAGAUCUGGGCUGGAAUGCAGUGUCUUCGUGGGGAGCACACUCCUGGACAUGUACUUCAAGACCCGAGAACCGGGAUCUGCCCGGAGGCUGUUCGAGGUAAUUACUCACAAGGACGUGGUGCUGUGGACGGAUAUGAUCGUCGGCCACGGAAGGUCGGGGGAAAGCGAAGCCGCCGUGAGCUACCUCGGCAAGAUGCUAGCGGAGGGCCACGCCUUGGACAGCUUCUCUCUCUGCAGCUCCCUGAACUCGUCUGCGGACCUCGCGGCGCUGAAGCAGGGAGAGGCCAUCCACUCCAUGGCGAUGAAGACGGGGCACGAAGCAGAAAUGUGCGUCUGCGGUAGCCUGGUGGACAUGUACGCGAAGAAUGGCGCCCUCGGGGCUGCGGCGUCCGUCUUCCAUGGGGCUGCCGACCCCGACCUGAAGUCCUGGAAUGCGAUGCUCGGAGGGCACGGCCACCAUGGCAACACCGAGCAGGCCUUCGAACUCUUCGAGAGGAUGAUGAAACAGGGGACGGGGCCGGACCAGGUCACCUUCCUCUCGCUACUCUCCGCCUGUGACCACCGCGGCUUGGUCGAGAGAGGAAGACUGUUCUGGGGAGACAUGCUGGAUGCCGGCUUCGUCCCGGGCCCCAAGCACUACGCUUGCAUGGCGAGCCUCUUGAGCCGGGCUGGGCUUCUGCAAGAAGCGGAGGAGCUGAUCCUGGCCUCUCCAUUUGCUGGUACCCUGGCCGAGCUAUGGCGGAACUUGCUCAGUUCAUGUGUGAUCUUCAGAGAUUUGCAGAGGGGCAUCCGUGCGGCGAAUUGGGCUCUGAUGCUAUGCCCGGACGACGGCGCGACCCACAUCUUGCUGUCAAAUCUCUACGCCUCCGUAGGGAGAUGGGAGGCCGUGGCCGAGACAAGAAGAAGGAUCCGAGGGCUUGCGCUGGAGAAGGACCCUGGUCUGAGCUGGAUCGAGAUCGCCGGCGAGGUUUUUGUGUUCUCAGCUAACGAUGAAUCCCACUCCCUGGCGGACGACACCCGGGCAGAGUUACAGAGACUCGUGGGAAAUCUGAAAGAAUGGCAAACAUCUGAAUCGGCCCUGACCUGA